AGUUUUGAAAGAAUACUAACCAACACCCCAUAAGCAGUAAGCUCGUCGCCGGACCAGUCCGACGCCCUGACUGCCGCAUUGCCCCGUCACUCUCUGGCUGCCUGCUCCGCCGCCUCACGCCCUCACUCGCUGACCGCCGGAUUUGUUGCUUGAUUCCGACAAACCACGAACGAGGGCUGAAUUUAUUACGGAGUACAAUAAUUUGAACAAGUACUGUUCUAAAAAGAAUAGUGAGGCUGUCAAGCUGAUCUCAAACUUUUUUAUUAUAGGAUGGCAAAUUAUUAUGACAUUGAUGAUAUUUUAGCUGAAGAAGAGCUUGUUCCAGCUGUAUUCCAGAAAACUGCCAAUGCAGUUGGGAUAUUUGAUUGCUGUGAUGAUAUGAAUAAGGUAGGAGCUGGUAUGGAAGUAGAAAUGCCGUUUUGGCUUGCCCGUGAGCUAUAUGUGAAACUAGCAGUGAAGAUUAAAGUUCCAUCAUGCUUUGACACCAAGGAAAGACCAAGAGAUAGACAUCGGGAUGAACCUCUCAAAAGGAGGGAUAGAACAAAGGAUGAGAUUGGAGCUGACGCUGCACAUGUGGAUUUGAGAGGCCGAUGCCCAUAUUUUUAUGACUUUGGAUGCAAGAUAGCAAGACUAACAGGUGACAAAACAAUAGGGCCUUUUCUGUUGGUUGCAUUUCGGACCAGAUACAAAGAAGUGUUGAUCAAGGCAUACACUGCUGCAUCUGCAGUGGCUUCCAAACACUUAACAAUUCUAACACAGGAAGAGAUGAAAUUGUACGAGGCUGGGCAAUCCUCAACAAUGGCUUUCAAGAAAUGGCGGAUGGGUGGACCUAGACUGCAGAAAGCUUCUGUGCUUGGGGGAAAGAGAAAGGGCAGAUUUUAGUGUGGACCAUGGUCCACGUAGCACUGUGGAUCAGGGAGGAAAAAAAACGGAUUUCGUUAAAAAUGACAGACGGUAAAUUCUGGUAACGUUGUGAUUGCGAUCUUUUACUCGAUUUCUCUCAUCCUUGUUCUUCUCAUCGUCUCCCAUACUCAUUUUGCAAUUUUCUACUCAACCAUUGAUCAAACAACAAAUAGAAGCAAUCAGAGUUUAUGCGAUUGGCGUGAUUGAUGUGA